AAUUUUGUUUGUUUGGGGGUUGGUUUUGGGGGUGGGGAAGUUUAAUUGAUGGCUGGAGAGGCAAGCGGUGGGGGGAGUAUUGAGGUGCCGCCAUGGCUGAAAUCCAUGGCGGUGGCGCCGGAGUACCACCCGACGCCGGCGGAGUUUCGAGAUCCAAUUGCGUACAUUUUCAAAAUUGAGAAAGAGGCUUCCAAGUAUGGUAUUUGCAAAAUAGUCCCCCCUGUGCCUGCUGCUCCGAGGAAGACAGUAGUUGCUAAUUUGAACAGGUCUCUCUUGGCCCGGGCCCCCGACCCUGAUUCCGGGCCGGGCUUCACCACACGGCAGCAGCAGAUCGGGUUUUGUCCGAGGAAGCACCGCCCGGUGCAGAAGCCGGUGUGGCAGAGUGGGGAGAGGUACACCCUAACCGAAUUCGAAACCAAGGCCAAGAAUUUCGAGAAGAAUUAUCUGAGAAAGUAUAGCAAGAAGGGUUUGAGUGCUCUGGAGGUCGAAACCCUUUACUGGAAUGCGACUGUGGAUAAGCCUUUCACUGUGGAGUAUGCCAAUGACAUGCCGGGGUCCGCAUUUGUGGCGGUGAAGGGCGGUGGGGCGUCGAAGAGUGAGGGUGCUGCAGCUACUACUGUGGGGGCGACUGAGUGGAAUAUGAGGAGAGUGUCGAGGGAGAAUUUAUCCUUGUUGAGGUUCAUGAAGGAGGAAAUACCUGGAGUGACGUCGCCCAUGGUUUAUGUUGCAAUGGUGUUUAGCUGGUUUGCUUGGCACGUAGAAGAUCAUGACUUACAUAGCUUGAAUUAUUUGCAUAUGGGUGCAGGGAAGACGUGGUACGGCGUGCCACGUGAAGCUGCUGUGGCUUUUGAAGAAGUGAUCCGCGAGCAUGGAUACGGUCAAGAGAUAAAUCCUCUAGUUACAUUUGCCACACUUGGCGAGAAGACCACCGUCAUGUCUCCUGAAGUGCUUCUUAGCGCAGGGGUUCCUUGCUGCAGGCUUGUUCAAAAUGCUGGGGAGUUUGUUGUCACAUUCCCAAGAGCUUAUCACUCGGGGUUUAGUCAUGGAUUUAACUGUGGAGAGGCUGCUAAUAUUGCUACCCCUGAAUGGCUGAGAUUUGCAAAGGAAGCAGCAAUUCGUAGGGCAGCUACUAAUUGCUCUCCUAUGGUGUCUCACUUCCAGUUGCUAUAUGACCUUGCACUUUCUCUAUGCUCGAGAGUACCAAAGAGCAUUGCUGUGGAACCCCGGAGUUCUCGGUUAAAGGACAGGAAGAAAGGCGGAGGAGAAAUGUUUAUCAAAGAAUCAUUUUUCCUGGACAUGAUGCAAAACAAUGACAUGCUUCAUGUUCUUGGGAAAGGAUCAUCGGUUGUGCUUCUUCCCCAAAAUUCCCUAGAUCGCUCAACCUGUUCCAAUGGUUCGGAUGGACUGCAGCCCAAAACCAAAUCUAGGCUCUUCCCGAGUUUGUGCAGCUCUGAUCUUGAGUUGAAAACCUCUUGCAACAAUGAUUGUGAAGAUUUCAUGUUAGAUAGGAAGCAGGGAAUUAAACAAGCCAGACGAUAUACUGUGAAUAAAAGAACAGUUUCUUCUUUUUGCAGUAGCAGUAGUGAGGUUCCUUCUAUUGUUCCUAAAGUCGAGGCAACAAAUUCUGAAACCAGGAAAGCUUCUCACUGUGAACAGGGACUCUUUUCUUGUGUUACUUGUGGGAUAUUAUGUUUCUCGUGUGUUGCUAUUGUUCAACCAACGGAAGCAGCUGCGCGUUACUUGAGGUCUGCUGACUGCAGUACAUUUAAUGAUUGGGUAGUCGAUGAUAUUGACAAUUAUACCAGCGAGGCAAAGCCUACUAUUGCAGAAAUUGGUUCAGCGCCGGGGAACACACAAAACAGAAUCGGAAGCAUCACGGAUGACGAGAAAGAGCCCUCGUCGCUUGGUCUAUUAGCUUUGGCAUACGGCAAUGCCUCUGAUUCUGAGGAAGAUAAUAAGGAGAUUGAAACUGAUAUUCCUGUCAAAAGCUGUGGAAUUGGUGAUAGUGACGACCCCGGAAAUGGCCCUGCUUGUAAUGAUAUUGAUAUGGAAAACGGAGUGGAUGAAACUUCUUCACCUAUGUCCGAUUCUAAUGCAAAGGGAGUUGAACUUGCUGUGGCAAAAGGGGAGGAGGAAGAUCCGGCAUGCAGCGAAUCUCCGACAAACAAUUGUACUGUGGUUGAGACAGAUUCUUCAACUCAUAAAACCGAAGCAACUCCCGGAACUGGUUUGACAUUUCUGUCAGACGCAAUUCUACCGUUCUCCAAAAUAUCUCAGGAAGAUUCUUUGAGAUUGUUCUCCAAGAGAUCUGAUGAAGAUUCUUCUCGAUUGCACGUCUUCUGUCUGCAGCACGGUAUGCAAGUAGAAAAGCGGCUCAGUCAGAUUGGUGGAGCCCGCGUGUUCCUCGUCUGUCAUCCAGACUAUCCCAAAUUAGAGUCGCAGGCGAAGAAAGUUGGAGAAGAACUGGAGAGCGAUCAUAUCUGGAGUGAAAUUUCAUUUCGGGAAGCCUCUGAGGAGGAUGAGGAAAUUAUUCGACUGGCUUUAGACAGUGAAAAUGCGAUUCACGGCAACGGUGACUGGGCCGUGAAAAUGGGCAUUAACCUAUUCUACAGCGCUAAUCUUAGUCGAUCUCCUCUUUACAGUAAGCAGAUGCAUUAUAACUCCGUUAUAUACAGCGCCUUUGGCCGCAGUUCUCCGACCGACAGCCCUGCAGCGACUAGCGAGCCGGAGUCGAGGGGUUUUGGAAGGCAGAAGAGAAUUGUUGUGGCCGGAAAAUGGUGCGGCAAAGUCUGGAUGUCGAACCAAGUUCAUCCGCUGCUGGUCAGGAAGGAUUCGCAAGAAAAUGAAUGGGAUUUACCGAUUGGGGCGUGGGUCACAUCUGAUUUCAAUCGGGAGAGGCCGUCGGAGUUUAGCCGAGCUGCGCGGAUAGCAUCUGCGAUUUGUCGGACAGCGAGAAAAUUUAAAAAGAAUGCGAAAAGGAGCUCGAAAACAAAGCAAACGAAUAAGUUCUCUCUCGGGCUUUUGGUCAAUAGCAGCCGUAAACAAACCAAGCGAAAGCGCGGCUCUGGAGCGACGAAGAACGUGAAUCCCGAGGCUAAAGAAGACGUAGACGAAUCUUCCGACGAAGUACAAGCAGCGAGCUAUUGCAAGCAAGCUCGGAGCCGACGGGGCACCAAGAGAUUGAAGAACGAGGGCGAGAUCUCCGAGGCAGAAAAUGUCGACGACUCUUCGGACGAAUUCCCGCUUAGCAACACGUGGAAACGUAUCAAGAGUAGAGUCGAGUCGAAAAGCCAACAAAGGAGCAAGAGUCAGUUAAACGAGCACACCGUCAAAGAAGACGAGGGAGACGGAGGGCCGAGCACGCGGCUGCGGAAAAGAAAAGCGAAAACGACCAAAGUUUCGGGAUCCAGAUCGACUAAAUCAAAACCGACACCAAAGCAGCAGCAAAAGGAUACGGAGGCGGCGACGACAAAGAAGAGCCAAGGCAAGGCAACAAAAAUUCCCGGGAACAGCAACAAGGCGAAGAUCAGAGACGAGGAAGGUGAGUACGAAUGCGACAUGGAGGGAUGCACGAUGAGCUUCGAGACAAAGCAGGAGCUCGCGCUGCACAAACAGAAUAUCUGCCUGGUGAAGGACUGUGGUAAACAGUUCUUAUCUCACAAAUAUUUGAUGCAGCACCGACGAGUCCACAUGGAGGAUCGCCCGCUGAAAUGCCCGUGGAAAGGCUGCAAGAUGACGUUCAAGUGGGCGUGGGCGAGAACCGAGCACAUCCGCGUUCACACCGGGGCUCGGCCGUACGUUUGCACCGAGGCCGGGUGCGGGCAGACGUUUCGAUUCGUAUCGGAUUUCAGUCGCCACAAGCGCAAGACGGGCCACUCGCCGAAGAAGAUCAAAGGGAAAUGUGGUAAAAAUGGAAAACGGAAAGCGGUGUAGGUGUAGAGUUAGGUUCGAAUGACGGAUCUGUGUUGAUGGAUGUUGUAGGGUUUGGUUCGGGACCGGAUGAUUGAUUGUGUUUAACGGCGGCGGCGAUGAUGAUGAUUCGUCGAUGUCGAUGUCGAUGUAGGUUAGUCAUUGCUUCAUGUCGGACAGUAAAUUCGAUUCGAUUCGAUCCGAUGGACUGCGAAAAAUUAAAGCAGUGAUUUAACGUGCCACAAUUCGUCGGGACAGCCCCUUGUAGGUGUACUCAGUCUUCUUCUUCAUUCCUCUUCAUUAAUGUUUGGGAACCCAUGUUUUGAGUGCUUUCUUCUUUUUUUCAA